UGAUCUUUUGCAUUGUCCACUUCCCAAGCAAUUAUUCACUUUGAAACUCAUAUUCUCUUCCAAGAUUUAGAUUGAAAACCACUCUCAAAAUCAAAGCUUCCGAUCCAUGGAUUCCCCGAGAAUUUCGAUUAGGCCCUUCAAGCUCUCUGAUGUAGAUGACUUCCUCGAAUGGGCAAGUGAUGAUAGAGUAACACGCUACCUAAGGUGGAACACCAUAACCACCAAGGAAGAAGCCUUGACAUACGUUGAGAAGGUUGUCAUACCUCAUCCAUGGCGUCGGACCAUAUGUUUGGAUGGCCGUUCGAUAGGAUACGUCUCGGUCAAGCCAGAAUCUGGCGACAACAAAUGCAGGGCACAUGUUAGCUAUGCUGUGGGAGCAGCCUACUGGGGCCAAGGGAUUGUCGCAAUGGCACUGAGAGUGAUGAUUUCGUCGGCGUUGAAAGAGUUUCCUGAUUUGGUAAGGCUUGAGGCAUUGGUGGAGGUUGAGAAUAGAGCUUCCCAAAGGGUACUUGAAAAGGUUGGGUUCCUAAAAGAAGGGUUGUUGAGGAAGUAUGGCUUCUGUAAAGGUGAAAUCAGAGACAUGUUCAUCUACAGCUUUUUAUCAACUGAUAAGAUUCUAUAGUUUGAAGUGGUAACAAAAACAGAAAAUUUUCCAUUUCUGAGAGUUGUUUGCAAUGAGAAAUGAUUAGUUAUUGGUUUAGACAGUAUAAACUAGAGAAAUUAGUCAAAUUGCUUAAGCACAUUAGAGAAACUUUUAUAAGAGCCUUUCAUUUGUUUCUCUUUAUUAGAAUCCCACAUUGACUGGAGAUAUUGACAUGAUCCAUUUAAUAAGGUAAGGACAAUCCUCCCCUAACAAGCCGGUUUUGUUAGGUUGAGUUAGGCUCAAUAUCCUUCGAUUUCUGUAAAAUUGUAUCAGAGCAGGCCCAGUUUUACAAUGUUGAGUCCCCCAAUAUCGACUUAUUCGCAGCGGUUUGGCAUGGUCCACGCUGUGCGUGAGGGGGCGUAUUAGAAUCCCAUAUUGGUUGGAGAUAUUGACAUGAUCCACUUAAUAAGGUGAGGGUAAUCCUCUCCUAAUAAGCCGGUUUUGUUAGGUUGAGUUAGGCCCAAUAUCCUUCGAUUUAUGUAAAACUCUUUGACGAAAUUUUAUCUUUCCAAACUGCAUUUAUUCUAAAUCUUCGUAUGGUGA